AUGCUAGGUCUUUCUCUCGUCCUAGCUGCCUGCGUGGCAGUCACGCAGGCGUCAUCUGGCUACCCCGUGGCGCGCGACACCUCGGGCACCUGUUCCGGUGUGCAUGCUCGCGUGUCUCCUCCCGCUGGAGCGAUUGUGGUGGACAACAGCGCGAACCCUCACCCAGGGUCUCAUGCGACUGUGCAGGCCGGUGUCGACGCGCUCAACACCACAACGGCCGAUCCCCAGCAGCUGUUCAUCUUUCCCGGCACCUACACCGAGCAGGUCUACAUCCCGCGCCUGACGUCAAACCUGACGGUGCAGGGAUACACCUGCAACACCAAAAGCUACCAGCACAACAAGGUCACCAUUACGUACAACCUGGCCCUGAUCAACACCACCAGCGACGACCUGACCGCCACUCUGCGCCAGUGGAACCCCAACACCAAGAUCUACAACCUCAACAUCGUCAACUCGUUCGGCCAUAUCCCCCAAAACGGGCAGAACCUGGCAGUCUCUGCCGAGGCGGACGGCCAGGCAUACUAUGCCUGUCAGCUGAUCGGAUACCAGGACACACUGCUGGCCGAGACGGGCCGCCAGCUGUACGCCAAAAGCCUCAUCGUUGGCGCAGUGGACUUUAUCUUCGGGCAGAAGGCGCUGGCCUGGCUCGAGAGCAUCGACAUCCGCACUAUUGCCAGUGGCAGCAUCACCGCGUCCGGCCGCGACAGCGACUCCAAUCCGUCCUGGUACGUAAUCAGCCGGUCCAACGUCUCCGCGAUCAACAACACCAUUCCCGCGGGGAUCAGCUACCUCGGCCGUCCGUGGCGGGACUAUGCUCGGGUUGUCUUCCAGGAAACUUACCUAGGGAACAACAUCGCUGCCGCUGGCUGGUCGCAGUGGUCCACGAGCACCCCGAACACGGACCAUGUCACGUUUGCCGAGUAUAAGAACUACGGACCGGGCUCUGUGUCGCAGGAGGGACCGCGCGCCAACUUCAGCCAGCAGUUGACUGCGCCGAUCUCAAUCCGGUCUAUCCUGGGAGAGAUGUUUCAGGAUGAGUGCCUCAAGCCCGAGGCGACCUGCACCCUGCACAUCCUACUCGCCAGAUCUAUCGGGUCUGUGGGAGGGAAGAGCAAUAAUAACGCGACGAACAUACUGUUCUCCAACUCCGCAAUCUACAACUCGCAAAACGGCUGCCGCAUCAAAACCAACUACAGCAUCACCGGCUACAUCGCCAACAUCACCUACUCGAACAUCAGCGUCCAAAACACCUCGGUCUACGGCGUCGACGUCCAGCAGGAUUGCCUCAAUGGCGGUCCGACGGGGUGCCCGUCCAACGGUGCGCUGAUUGAAAAUGUGAGCUUCCGGAAUGUCGUCGGCACGGCUGGCGCAAAUGUUAGCGACUAUUAUGUUCUCUGUGGGGAGUGGUCGUGUCGGGGUUUUCCAAUUUGA